AUGAGCCUGUGGUCACAAGAGCACCUGGGGGGACGACUGCCUCCAGGAGUGCAGGUCGGAGCUGAGGCCUUGUCCACUGGCCUUGUCCACUGUGACGUAGCCUUUCCCAUGUCCUGCCCACAGUGGUUCCCAGAGUAUCGUUUACCAUCGUGGUCAUUCCAAGUCCACCCAACACCUGCCUCACCCAUGGAGGAGGGGCCCCCGGAGAAGUGCUCGCCCCCUGCUGUCUUUGUCAGGGGGCAGGGGGUUGCCGGGGGAGUGUGGCGCCCAUUCCCCAAAGCAGCCGCUCCACUCGGGCUCAGGAGUCACCUGAUCACAGUCCCCUCUUCCCUCAAGGCUGGCUGGCUGGCCCCUGUCUCAGUCAGGGUGGCUGUGGCCCGAUUUGUGAUCAGUGAUGUGAGAAAUUUACAAAUUGUCUUAAUCGUGGUUUAG